GCCCAGCCCGGACUCGGCUGUCUCGGACUCGUUCAGGCACAGCGGGGUCGGUCUGCGGCCGGGGCCUGACACUCUCCCUCCGAGGCCCCGCACGCAGAGUGGGAGCCCCGCGGGGCCCACUUUGGGCACUACACGCAUCAACUCAGAGGCACCCCGAGGGCGAACCGGCCCAGGGCUUGGGAACCUUGGCCCCUGAACCAGCUCCGUGAAGAGCUCACAAACGCCUGUGAGGUAGGCAGCUCUACAGAGGCAGAAAGAGACAGGGAGCCUGUCACUUGCCCACGUCCACACAGCUGUGCAGUGCGGCUGAGCGCCUCCGAGCCCGCGGGUACGCUGCAGGGGGACCCCGGCUGAGGCGGCGGCGCGGCGACGUGGGCUGCGGCGGGCCCGCGGCGUCCGGCAGUGCGGAUGUCGGGCUGGGCGGACGAGCGCGGCGGCGAGGGCGACGGGCGCAUCUACGUGGGGAACCUUCCGACCGACGUGCGCGAGAAGGACUUGGAGGACCUGUUCUACAAGUACGGCCGCAUCCGCGAGAUCGAGCUCAAGAACCGGCACGGCCUCGUGCCUUUCGCCUUCGUGCGUUUCGAGGACCCCCGAGAUGCUGAGGAUGCAAUUUAUGGACGGAAUGGUUAUGAUUAUGGCCAAUGUCGCCUUCGUGUGGAAUUCCCCAGGACUUACGGAGGUCGGGGUGGGUGGCCCCGCGGUGGGCGGAAUGGGCCUCCUACAAGAUCUGAUUUCCGAGUUCUUGUUUCAGGACUUCCUCCAUCAGGCAGCUGGCAGGACCUGAAGGAUCACAUGCGAGAAGCUGGGGAUGUCUGUUAUGCAGAUGUGCAGAAGGAUGGAAUGGGGAUGGUUGAGUAUCUCAGAAAAGAAGACAUGGAAUAUGCCCUGCGUAAACUGGAUGACACCAAAUUCCGCUCUCAUGAGGGUGAAGCUUCAUACAUCCGAGUUUAUCCAGAGAGAAGCACCAGCUAUGGCUACUCACGGUCUCGGUCUGGGUCAAGAGGCCGUGACUCUCCAUACCAAAGCAGGGGUUCCCCACACUACUUCUCUCCUUUCAGGCCCUACUGAAACAGGAAAUAAAACUACAUAAUUUCUACCAGGGCCAUAUUAGCAGUGAAACAUUUUCAACUGUGGAAAGUGUGGUUUUGGUUCAGAAACAAGUUGUAUAUUUUUACCCCUGAUUCUGGGGGUUAAAAAUCAGUCCUGUGUCUUUGUGGGUGGCUCUGCUAUGGAGAUCAGCAGUUACUGUGACUGAGGCGGCGCAUUCUGUUUAGAAAUAUAUUUUAAACGUUUAGUAAUUGA